AUGCCGCCGAACCUCGAGUGCCGGAUGUACGAGCCGCGGUUCCCGGAGGUGGACGCGGCGGUGAUGAUCCAGGUGAAGCACAUCGCCGACAUGGGCGCCUACGUCUCCCUCCUCGAGUACAACAACAUCGAGGGCAUGAUCCUCUUCUCCGAGCUCUCCCGCCGCCGCAUCCGCUCCAUCUCCUCCCUCAUCAAGGUCGGCCGCCAGGAGCCCUCCAUGGUGCUCCGCGUCGACCGCGACAAGGGCUACAUCGACCUCUCCAAGCGCCGCGUCUCCGAGGAGGAGGCCGCCACCUGCGAGGACCGCUACAACAAGUCCAAGCUCGUCCACUCCAUCAUGCGCCACGCCGCCGACACCCUCGGCGUCGACCUCGAGCCCCUCUACCAGCGCAUCGGCUGGCCCCUCUACCGCAGGUACGGCCACGCCUUCGAGGCCUUCAAGCUCAUCGUCACCGACCCCGACGCCGUGCUCGACGUCCUCACCUACGAGGAGACCGUCGUCGGUCCCGAUGGUGUGGAGGUGACUAACACUGUGCCGGCUGUCACCCCUGAGGUUAAGGAUGCCCUGGUCAAGAACAUAAGGAGGAGAAUGACACCACAGCCACUCAAGAUUCGUGCUGAUGUUGAGAUGAAAUGCUUCCAGUUUGAUGGUGUUCUCCACAUUAAGGAAGCCAUGAGGAAAGCUGAAGCUGCUGGAAAUGCUGAUUGCCCUGUGAAGAUUAAGCUAGUUGCUCCUCCGCUUUAUGUUCUGACCACACAGACACUUGACAAAGACCAGGGGAUAGCAGUUCUGACAAAUGCAACCAAAGUUUGUGCAGAGGCAAUUGAAAAGCACAAGGGGAAAUUGGUGGUGAAGGAAGCAGCCAGAGCUGUGAGCGAGAGAGACGACAAGCUGUUUGCGGACACGAUUGAGAAGCUGAAGCUAGCAGGCGAGGAGGUCGACGGCGACGACGACAGCGAGGAGGAGGACAAUGGCAUGGGGGACGUGGACUUCACAAAGGCUGGCGCUGGCACGGACUGA